GUGGCUUCUGUUGCGCCGCCGGGUGCCUUCGCUUCCCGGGUCCUCCCACUGCCGUAUAAAGUCUGGGGCGGGCGGCAGCGUCCUUCGCCCGUGCCCGCAGCGGAGGAGGAGCGGCAGCUCGGGUGCGGCGGCUCCCCAGGCACCGGUUUUCCUCCUCGUUUUCCACCCCCGCCCCCUUUCCCGCCCGCUCUCGGGGCUGGCGGCGCGGGGAGCGGCGGCAGGCCGGUGGGUGCGGAGGACGAAGAUGGCGUGGAGCGGCGCCCGGCCGCCGCGCCUGCUCCUGCCGCUGUUGCUGGCCCUGGCGCUGCCGGCGGCGGCGGAGCGGCGGCCCGGGCCCACAGAUAAACUACUAGUUUUUACUGUAGCAACUAAAGAAACUGAUGGCUUUCACCGUUUCAUGCAAACUGCAAAGCACUUCAACUACACAGUAAAGGUACUUGGAAAAGGUGAAGAGUGGAAAGGUGGUGAGCUGCCUAACUCUAUUGGUGGAGGUCAGAAAGUUCGCCUGCUGAAAGAAGGCAUAAAGAGCUAUGCUGAUCAGGAGGACUUGGUUGUAAUGUUUGUUGAAUGCUAUGAUGUUAUCUUUGCGGGGGGCCCUGAGGAACUGCUAAAGAAGUUUUGGGAAACUAAUCACAAAGUGGUGUUUGCGGCAGAUGGCCUAAUUUGGCCAGAUAAAAGGCUAGCGGACAAGUAUCCUGUUGUCCGGAGUGGAAAACGAUUCCUGAACUCGGGAGGAUUCAUUGGUUAUGCUCCACAUAUAAAUCAUAUUGUGCAGCAAUGGAAUCUGCAGGACAAUGACGAUGACCAGCUGUUUUACACCAAAAUCUAUAUUGAUCCAUUGGCAAGGGAACGCAUUAACAUUACUUUGGACCACAGAUGUACAAUUUUCCAGACCCUAAAUGGAGCUGUUGAUGAAGUCCUUUUGAAAUUUGAAGAAGGAAAAGUAAGAGCAAGGAAUUCAGUGUAUGACACGUUACCAGUCACCAUCCAUGGAAACGGUCCAACUAAAAUUCACUUGAAUUAUUUGGGAAACUAUAUUCCUAAUGCUUGGACACGGGAAACUGGUUGUAGUAUUUGCGAUAUAGACUUACUAGACCUGUCAACAGUAACGGAAUAUCCAAGAGUAAAAAUUGGUGUUUUCAUUGAACAACCCACUCCUUUCCUACCUAAAUUUUUAGACAGACUGUUGAAUCUGGACUACCCAAAGGAGGCACUCAGUGUGUUCGUUCAUAAUAAUGAGGUUUACCAUGAAAAGCACAUCAAGAAAUUCUGGGAAAAAGCCAAGAACAUUAUCAGAAAUAUAAAAAUUGUUGGACCUGAAGAAAAUCUGAGUCAAGCAGAAGCCCGGAACAUGGGAAUGGACCUUUGUCGUCAGGAUAAAGCAUGUGAAUAUUACUUCAGUAUAGAUGCAGAUGUUGUGCUGACAAAUCCAAAAACUUUAAGAAUACUGAUAGAACAGAACAGAAAGAUAAUUGCUCCACUUGUAACUCGUCAUGGAAAGCUUUGGUCCAAUUUCUGGGGUGCUUUGAGUCCAGAUGGAUAUUAUGCUCGGUCAGAAGAUUAUGUUGACAUUGUCCAAGGGCACAGAAUAGGAGUAUGGAAUAUUCCUUAUAUGGCAAAUAUAUACUUAAUUAAGGGACAAACUCUUAGAUCAGAGAUGAAAGAAAAGAACUACUUUAUGCGUGAUAAGAUGGAUCCUGACAUGGCUCUCUGCAGGAAUGCCAGGGAAAUGGGUGUUUUUAUGUAUAUUACCAACAGACAUGAAUUUGGAAGACUUCUUUCUACAGCCAAUUACAAUACCUCCCACUACAACAAUGACCUCUGGCAGAUAUUUGAAAAUCCUGUGGACUGGAAAGAAACCUAUAUAAAUCCCAACUACUCAAAGAUCUUCACUGAUAAUAUAGUAGAACAGCCGUGUCCAGAUGUGUUUUGGUUUCCAAUAUUUUCUGACACUGCCUGUGAUGAAUUGGUAGAAGAAAUGGAACAUUUUGGACAGUGGUCUGGUGGAAAACAUCAAGACAGCCGUAUUUCUGGAGGUUAUGAAAAUGUCCCAACUGAUGAUAUUCAUAUGAAGCAAAUAGGAUUGGAUAAUGAAUGGCUACAUUUCAUAAGGGAGUUCAUUGCACCAGUAACACUGAAAGUGUUUGCUGGCUAUUAUACCAAGGGAUUUGCUUUAUUGAAUUUUGUUGUAAAAUAUAGCCCUGACAGACAACGGUCACUCAGACCUCAUCACGACUCCUCCACAUUCACAAUCAAUAUUGCACUCAACAAAGUAGGAGAGGACUUUCAAGGAGGUGGAUGUAAAUUUCUUAGGUACAACUGCUCCAUUGAGUCUCCCAGGAAAGGAUGGAGUUUCAUGCACCCAGGAAGACUUACUCAUUUACAUGAAGGACUUCCUAUCUUGAAUGGCACAAGAUACAUUGCAGUAUCGUUUAUUGAUCCUUAAUUUUAUUUUUUUUGUUUGUCUUUUUCAACAUCAGUGUUUGAUUGUCUACAGAAAAAUUUAUUUAUAGAUUUCUUCUGGAAGAUGGUGAUAAAAGAAACUUUAAGUUACUGUACUUAGACAGCAAAGUUACUUUGGGCUAAAAGAAUAAAAAAAAAAGAAAAUUAUCUAAAAUUGUUGGAGAUUUCUCAAUAUCUGCUCUGAGCCUUGAGUCACAAAGUAAACAUAUCCUACUUGUUUUUCCAUUCUUUUGUCUUGUAGGAGGGCAAGUGGAAAAGCAUUUUAUAAUAAAACCAUGUUUUUGUUUGGAAAAAACCCGAGCAACCCUAGAUACAAAAUUACCUGAAAAAAAUAUUGUGGUUUUCAUUCAUUGAAGUUACAUAGUUAAAGUUUUUGUAGUGUGUAUAUUUGAUACCAAGCAAUUAAAAACCAUGGCAUAAAACCAAAAUCAAGUGAAUCUUGUAUACAGUUGUUGGAGAUAAGCAAUAAUUCCAUGUGCUGGUAUAUAGUGAAGGGAAAACAUGUCAGUAACCCGUUUUCUUAAUUUUUAAUACUGAAAUGUACACCUUCAGAAGAAAAAAAGUGGAUAUGGAGCCAGGAUUAAAUAAUGUAGCUAAAAAAAGAUGAUUUGUCCUUUGUAUGGAGAACUCAUCCAUUUGAAUAUUUACUUUCUUCACCAAGUGACCUUCAUUUAAAAUGAAUUAUUUUUCUAAAUACGUAAUUGCACCCAACUGAUGUGGGAAAUGUGAUGUUUAUUUUCAGAAUGCUGGUAAAUUUCAAUAAUAGGGUGUUUUAUAUAGACAAUUUUCUACUAUUACUUAAAAGUACUUGAAUUUUGUAUCAGGAAAAGGAGGUGGUGAUAGUUUCCCUUUUAAAACUAAGGGUCUUAACUUGACAUUAAUUUUAAAGAAAUUGGUUUUAAAUAUUCCUACUGUAUCUACUGUUUGUAAUUUAAAGAAACUUGAAGCUAUCUCAGUCUGCCAUGCCAAAAUGCACAAUGUAUUGGAUAAACUUGUGAAAAAUAAAGGGUAAUUUUAAAUUAA